UAUUGCGUGUUACAUUCAAGCCUGACGAGUAUUUGCUUUCUCAUUUGAGUGAAAGAGGACCCUUCCUUCCUCCUUUCUUCGACGAAAUCUGUUUCUCUCGCUCUCAUUCUGAUCCUGAUGGACUACGAUUACCGGAACAGGGCCGGAGCCGGCUACGAUUCGCAGUUGCCAGUGUACGGCCGCCCUCCUUCAACCAGUACACCGCCUUCCUCCCAUCCUCAUCCGAUGUAUGCGCCGCCCAGCCAACCUCAUCAUCCGCCGGGUCUGUACCCUAGAGUCGGUCAACACCCGAUCAACUCUCUUCCCGGCCGUAAUCCCCCGUCUUUCCAUCAUACUUCGUCUUCUCCUUCUCCUAAUGGAAUUGGCAUUAGAGUUGUUAUAAAACCGGAGUACCGGAUUACACCUCCGCCUCAUUUAUCCGCACAAAUCAGAGAUAUUCCCCGUAGUUCUUUCCAAUUUGAUUUUGAUCUUGAGAGGAAGAUUUUGGCUGAAGCAGAGAAGGAUAACCAAAAUUGGGCUGGGCUUGGACUGGAAAAUGUUCUGCCAAAAAUGCCAGAACGGACUUCUCCGGGUUCUACCGGAGACCCCAUUGCAAACAAAUACAUUUCAUCAGGUCUGAAUAGGGAAGCUGUGCCUCUUGCAGUUGCAAAUUUUGGAGACAAUCCUACCAAGGUCAAGGAAUUUGCUGAUCACUAUACUCGCCUGAGAGAUAUGGGGUUCCCAUCGAAUAAAGUCGCAGAUGCCCUUCUCAUGUUUGACAAUGAUACAGAGAAGGCAUUGGCCUAUCUCCUUAACAAUCCGUCUUGACAACAUUGGGAACUAAUUCACAUCGAGUGUGUUUUAUGUAAAUGAAUGGUUUAUACAUUAUAGAAUUGGAAACCCUUUAAGGACAAGUUCUUGUAUGCCACUGUAACCUUAUGCAUUCUCAAAAGAAAAUAAUCAACUUUUCUUAGAAGGAAA